AUGUCUGGUGAACAAGAACAAAAGAUCACUGAGGUCGGUGCCAACAGAUUCGGCUUCGACUCUCGAGUCCAAGUUGAUACCUUGAGAAGCUUGUACCUUACCCCUGCUUUCCUCAAAGAAGGUAACAAAGAAACCGAUCUCGCUGGUCAAGGUCACAAGGACUACGGAUCCGAGUCCACCUACUUCAAGGAGACCGAUUCCAUCCAAUACACCACCGUCGCCAAAUUCCCUCCCGUUAAGAACCUCCCUAACACCGAGCGAAAGAGAAUUCUCGUCACCGGUGGUGCUGGUUUCGUCGGUUCCCACUUGGUCGAUCGACUCAUGCUUCUCGGUCAUGAAGUUACCGUUCUUGACAACUUCUUCACCGGUAGCAGGACUACCGUCUCUCACUGGGUUGGUCACCCCAACUUUGAAAUGGUCAGACACGAUGUAGUCAACCCAUUCCUCAUCGAAGUUGACCAAAUCUACCAUCUCGCUUGUCCCGCCUCUCCUCCUCACUACCAAUACAACGCCGUCAAGACCAUCAAGACCUCUUUCAUGGGUACCCUCAACAUGCUUGGUCUCGCCAAGCGAACCAAGGCUAGAUUCCUCAUCACCUCCACGUCGGAAGUCUACGGUGACCCCGAGGAACACCCUCAACGUGAAGAAUACUGGGGUCACGUCAACUGUAUCGGUCCUCGAGCUUGUUACGAUGAAGGUAAACGAGUUGCUGAAACCCUCACCUACGGUUACCAAAGACAAGAUGGUGUCGAUGUCAGAGUCGCUCGUAUCUUCAACACUUUCGGUCCUCGAAUGAACCCUUACGAUGGUCGAGUCGUCUCCAACUUCAUCAUCCAAGCUCUUAAAGGUGAAGACAUGACCGUUUACGGUGAUGGUCAACAAACCCGAUCCUUCCAAUACGUUCACGAUUUGAUCGAUGGUUUGAUCCUCCUCAUGAACGGUGACGAGACCCGACCUACCAACAUUGGUUCUUCUCACGAGUUCACCAUCAUGGAAUUCGCCGAGGCUGUCAGAGACAUCGUCGAGCAAAUCCAAAAGGAGGAAGGUGUUGCCAACCCCCGACGAGUCAACAUCAUCCACAAGGAGAUGCCCAUUGAUGACCCUCAACGAAGAAGAGCUGACACUGCUCGAGCCAAGGAAUCUCUUGAAUGGCAACCUAAGUGGUCUGUCAAACAAGGUGUCGAGGAAAUGGCUCGAUACUACCUCAGAAUGAUCCGAGAAGGAAAACUCUAG